CAGGCCUUGCACACUGAAAUUGCCUAUUGUGAUUUUUUUUUCCCCCCCACUAGUGUCAGGUACUGGAUGCCAGAUCUGCUACAUUUUGUUUUCCAUUGUUGGGAUGGAGACAGGAGCGCUGGGGUGAGGUUUUUCUGGCCCUUGGAGUAGUGUUUAUAGGAGGCUGCUGAAGAUGGGAGGCGCGGUGAGCGCGGGAGAAGACAACGACGAAUUAAUUGAUAACCUGAAGGAGGCCCAGUACAUCAGGACAGAGCUGGUGGAACAGGCAUUCCGAGCCAUUGAUCGGGCAGAUUACUACCUGGAAGAGUUCAAAGACAAUGCCUACAAGGAUUUGGCAUGGAAGCAUGGAAAUAUUCAUCUCUCAGCACCAUGCAUUUACUCAGAGGUGAUGGAAGCUUUGGACCUGCAACCUGGGCUGUCAUUUCUGAACCUUGGCAGUGGCACUGGUUAUCUGAGUUCCAUGGUUGGACUCAUCCUGGGUCCUUUUGGGGUGAACCACGGUGUGGAGCUUCACUCCGACGUGAUCGAGUACGCGAAGCAGAAAUUGGACUUUUUCAUUAAAACAAGCGACAGCUUUGACAAGUUUGAAUUUUGUGAGCCAUCCUUUGUCAUUGGCAAUUGUUUGGAGAUUUCUCCAGACUGUACUCAGUAUGACCGUGUUUACUGUGGUGCUGGAGUCCAGAAGGAGCACGAGGACUACAUGAAGAACCUGUUGAAAGUUGGGGGAAUUCUUGUCAUGCCUCUAGAAGAGAAGUUGACUAAGAUAACUCGGACUGGUCCUUCUGCCUGGGAGACCAAGAAGAUUCUUGCUGUUUCCUUUGCUCCUUUGAUUCAGCCAAACCACACAGAUUCAGGAAAAUCAAGGCUUGUUCACUUGCCGCCCGUGGCCGUUCGCAGCCUGCAGGACCUGGCUCGCAUCGCCAUCCGAGGCACCCUGAAGAAACUCAUCCACGAGGAGGCCCUGAGCGGAGCUGGGAACGGCCUGAGGAGCCCGCCCAGGUUCAAGCGGAGGCGGCUGCGGCGCCGGCGCAUGGAGACCAUCGUGUUCCUGGACAAGGAGGUGUUCGCCAGCCGCAUCUCCAGCCCCUCGGACGACAACAACAACAGCGAGGACAUGGAGGACGAGAGGCUGGAGGAGGAGGACUCCAAACCCUCUGAACUAAAGCCAGACCCUCCCGUGAACUUUUUGAGAGAAAAGGUCUUGAGCCUGCCGUUGCCCGAUCCCUUGAAGUAUUACUUGCUUUAUUACAGAGAAAAGUAGUUUUUCUUCUUUUAGAAAGUGGGAAGUAGGCAGAGAAUAAAGUAUUCCUUAGGGCUUGACAAACAUGUCCCACUUGCUUGCCUGCCAAUGUGACACCCGAGGCAGUAGGCUGGCUGGGGAAUGUGGCUGCUGUAAACUUUGACAUUAUAGCUUUUUUGAGUUCUUUCUUUCUUCUCAGUUGUAUGCUAUAGUUUUAUUCUACAGCAGGGAUUCCUUAGGAAGCAAGUUGGUGAAGUGCUCAGCUGCUUAUGGAAAGGAGGAUUUAAUUCCCUCAAAACUAACUGCAGGAGAUAUUCCUAAAAAUCUCAUGGCUGCUCUACCGAAUAUCAGUUGGGGAAAAAACUCCUGAGUAGCUCCCCAAAGACCCUUCCUGUCUGUGCUCUCUCCCACUAAACCUGCCAGGUAUUUGCCGUGGUGUGUGUUUAAUGGAGGAUGAAGAUAAUUAGUUAAAACCUGACCUGGCAAAUCAUGUUUCUUCCAGUAAUCUGAAAAGCACAACUUUCACAGAAAGGAAGGAAUUUUUUGCAUUACCCUUGUGGCAUCCAGGUUUUGAAUGAGAAGGAAUCAGCUCCCCUUUGGUUGGUCUGCUUUGCUUGUAAAUUAUAUAUAAAUUUUCACUAAAAAUGUUUUAAAAAAUAUUGGGUUUUUUUAAUGGAAAACCCCUGUUCUAGAGAAUGAGUUGUUAGGUUUCUGUGGUUCUUUCAAAGCUAUGGAGGCAAGUGAGGAAUUGCAAAGCUGUUUAACUUUGACAGGAUGCAAGGUAGUCAGGGUUGGGACUGCUGUCUCUGAAAAUGUUUACAGAGUAAUUCUGAGUGGGGAAAAGGGUAGAGAAAAGCUGCAAUGCAGUGAGUUUGUGCAAGCUGAAAGCAGUAUCUGUGGGUUUUGCUGUCAUGUGAGAUAGCUCAGAUCAUCUGGGCUGAGCAGAGUGAGGUGCAGAGCACCAGCCUGAGCAGUAAAUCAGCCAAACAGAGUUUUGUGGAGGGUCUGCAGGACCUGAGAGCAGCCUAGAGAGCCAAACUGAUGCGGUUCUCCGGUGUUCCUCUGUGUGUGCCCCUGCUGUGGCAAAGUGGCCAGAACACAACUUGUUCACAAGUGUUCCGCAAUGGAGUGGAGCUGCUCAGCUGGGUAGGUGAUUUUAUUCCUUCAGCAACAAAGCAGAAAUUUUAACAGGUUCAUAUGGAAAGACUUGUCACUCUGCAGUUCUGUGGAUGUGAGCUGUAAUUUUUAUUUCCAAAACUCUCUGUCCUGGUGAUGGAAGGGGAUGCUGUGGAAUCAUAGGAUCACAGAAUAGUUGGGUUGGAAGGGACCUUCAAGACCAUCUUGUUCCAACCCACUGCCAUGUACAGGGGCACCUUCCACUAGGCCAGGUUGCUCCCAGCCCCAUCCAGCCUGGCCUUGGGCAGUUCCAGCAAUGGGGAGUCCACAAUGUCUGUGGAUGAUAAAAUACUGUGUUUAGAAAGGUUUACUUGGUUCAGCCUGUUUGGGAAAUGUACCUGAACUGGUAAAGGCUGGAAAGAAAACCUGGAGUUUGUGUUGAUGUGAAAUAGUUCUAAAGCUGGGGGGAAUGAAAAGCUCUCUUUCAGCAGGUAAUGAAUUUGUGUUAAGGCAUUGCCCCAUCAGAAGCACUUGAGUUGGUAUCACUUUGAUAUCUUUUGUUUUUUUCAAUGUGUACUGUCUCCUCAUUUUCUGAGGAGGAAUGAGUGAAGACUGUAUUGCCAAAUGGUCCUGAGUUGCACAACUUGCUUCAUGAAAAAUAGUUUCAAAGUUCUGUGUGGCUUUGAAAAUAAAUGAAUAACAUGUAUGUCUAA